GAUGAUGUCAUAAGAUGAAGACAGGGUGUAAAUUGAUGGGAGUUCCCUAAACUCCCCCAUGAUCCCAAGCCCUGACAAAGGCUCCCUUCUCUACUCCCCCCAAAUUCCUCCCCCUGUAGACAAUCUGCAUCCUUCUCUCUCUCUCCCUCUCUUCCUCCCUCUCUCCCUCUCUCCCUCCCUCCUCUUCUACAAAAUGGUUUUCCUUCAGCUCCAGAGAAGAAAGCUGAGCCUGUGAGCUGGAUACAUUGUAUCUCCAGGAAGGUGUGCAAUCAUUCCAUCUCUGUAUCCCUCGCCAUCUCCAAGGCUUUCUCAAUGCCAAACAUCGUGGGCCACUGUCCUCCCUCCCAACCCUGUUUCCCUGUCAAAGAUGGAACGUAACAGAGUGAUGUCUUCUCCAUUCCAACAACUCUCUCCCCCUCUGAUCAAGCUCUCCUCCGAGCCUCUGUGACACUUCGAGCACCCCCUUUUUUAUAAUAUUUUUAUUACUGCCCCCCAUUAGUAGAUACAUUCCCCGUCUUUAUAUCCCAGAACAAUGCUGACACUAUAUUCCUUAAAACAUUAUCUAUUAACUGAAAUUCUCUUUCAUUCUGAAGCCCCCCGAUCACUGAUGUUUUAACCCAAAAUCCUAUUCAUGUCGGAUUCCUGUUUGUAGCACUUUUUUAGUUCCCAGUCUGCAUUCAGAUUUUUUAGAUCACCCUGACAUGGUCCUAUUUUGAUUUAAAUUAAUCCUGUUUCCCUUGCCAUUCCUGCACGUUUCCCAAUCCCUCCACUUGUUACCCCAAGCCUCUCAGUUUGUGCCACGUCAUGUACCUCCCCAACCAUCAAAUGGCUCCGGAAUUCUGUGCCUCGCUGAUGCUCUGGCUCCUGGCUGCCUGUCCGACGGCAGCGCAGAAAGGGGACGAGAAAUAUCCGGUGGUCAACACAAACUAUGGGAGACUGCGUGGGGUGAAGAAAGAUCUGAACAAUGAGAUCCUGGGACCUGUUGUACAGUAUUUAGGGGUGCCUUAUGCUACCCCGCCGAUUGGAGAAAGGAGAUUUCAGCUACCAGAGGCCCCAGCAUCCUGGACAGAGAUUCGAAAUGCCACUAGUUUUGCUCCAGUGUGCCCUCAGAACCUCCAUGGGAUGUUACCAGGAAUUAUGCUGCCUCUGUGGUUCACAGAAAAUAUGGAUGUUGUGGCAGGCUACGUGCAAAACCAGAGCGAGGACUGCCUUUACCUCAACAUCUACGUACCCCUGGAAGAUGGUCCCAUUUCCAAAUCUCGGGAGGAUCCCAGAAAGUCCCAGCACACUCCAGAUGAAGAUAUCCGUGACAGCGGGAAGAAGCCCGUGAUGCUUUUUAUCCAUGGCGGAUCCUACAUGGAGGGAACAGGCAAUAUGUUCGACGGCAGUGUCCUGGCUGCGUAUGGAAACGUCAUUGUGGUCACUAUGAAUUACCGCUUGGGAGUACUGGGGUUCAUGAGCACCGGUGACCCAGCAGCUAAAGGAAACUAUGGGCUCCUUGACCAGAUCCAGGCAUUGCGAUGGUUGGAGGAGAACGCUGCACAUUUUGGUGGUGAUCCUGAGAGGAUUACCAUCUUUGGAUCAGGGGCCGGAGCUUCGUGUGUCAGCCUUCUCAUUCUCUCCCACCACUCUGAAGGACUCUUCCAGAAAGCUAUUGCCCAGAGUGGGACUGCUAUCUCUAGCUGGUCCGUUAACUACGAACCUCUAAAAUACACCCGAAUGUUGGCAUCUAAAGUCAAUUGUGACUAUCCAGAGAAUUCUGAAAUGGUGAGCUGCUUACGUAGGAAGCCCUACAGAGAAUUGGUGGACCAGGACAUCCAACCAGCUCGCUACCACAUUGCCUUUGGCCCCGUAGUAGAUGGUGAUGUGGUGCCAGACGAUCCAGAGAUUUUAAUGGAACAAGGGGAGUUCCUGAACUAUGACAUCCUGAUGGGAGUCAACCAAGGGGAGGGCCUUAAAUUUGUUGAGGACACAUUUGAGAGUGAGGAUGGUAUUUCUGCCAGCUAUUUUGAUUUCACAGUGUCCAACUUUGUGGACAACCUCUAUGGCUAUCCAGAAGGAAAGGAUGUCCUUCGUGAAACAAUUAAGUUUAUGUACACGGACUGGGCAGACCGUGACAAUGGGGAUAUGAGAAGGAAGACUCUUCUAGCACUCUUUACCGACCACCAGUGGGUGGCACCUGCAGUGGCCACAGCUCGCUUCCAUGCAGAAUAUGAGUCCCCUGUUUAUUUUUAUGCCUUCUACCACCGCUGCCAGGCGGAAGGAAGGCCUGAGUGGGGAGAGGCAGCACAUGGAGAUGAAGUUCCCUAUGUCUUUGGAGUACCUAUGGUAGGAGCUACUGACCUCUUUCCCUGCAACUUCUCCAAAAAUGAUGUCAUGCUAAGUGCUGUGGUAAUGACCUACUGGACCAAUUUCGCAAAGACUGGUGAUCCCAACCAACCUGUUCCACAGGACACCAAGUUCAUACACACGAAGCCCAACCGAUUUGAGGAGGUAGUAUGGACAAAGUUCAACCCUAAGGAGAAGCAAUACCUUCAUAUUGGCCUGAAACCUCGUGUAAGGGACAACUACCGUGCCAACAAGGUUGCAUUCUGGCUGGAAUUGGUCCCACACCUACACAACCUUAACACUGUACUUCACACUUCAACCACUACCCGAAUCCCACCAAAAAACAAUCGUUGGCAACCUGGUCAGAAGCCAAAAGAAGUAUCAGGCACUGGGAGUAGCACACGUCGUCCUCAUUCUACUCUUCCUCCAGAAAUCGAUGAUAGGGAUGAAAUUGAAGACCCUCCUCGAUUUUCACCCUUUCCAGGGGACUCACGUGACUACUCCACAGAGCUUAGUGUCACUGUAGCAGUGGGAGCUUCACUUCUCUUCCUCAACAUUCUGGCCUUUGCUGCUCUUUACUACAAGAGGGACCGACGUCAUGAGCUGCGUCAGAGGCGUCACAGUCCAGGACGGGGUGGUGCCCCAGGCAAUGAUUUAGCCCAUCAUGGACCUGAAGAGGAGUUAAUGUCCCUCCAGAUAAAGAGGGCUGGUGGGGCUCCAGAUCUAGAGCCACUUAGACCACAUGAUAUACUGCGUCCAGCUUGCCCCCCCGACUAUACCUUGGCACUAAGAAGGGCACCUGAGGAUGCACCUCUCCCACCACCUCCUCCUCCUCCUGCCUCUGUAAUGGCACCCAGCACCAUCUCGGGCCUUCCCUCAUUACAUCCAUUUAAUACUUUCCCCACCACUACCCACAAUAAUACCCUCCCCCAUCCGCACUCCACCACAAGGGUAUAGGGGUGCCAGACAUCUCGCCCUCUACCAACUUAUUGCCCCUGUCUUCCCCCUCCUCCUAAGAACAGCUUCAUAGACUUUGUGGGUCUGCUAAGCCUGAGCUGGGCAUUUGCCUCACGACACAGAAUUGGCAUAGAUUUAUUGACUUGUAUAGAGGGGGAUAGUAGAAAAAACUAGCCGUGGCCCCCGUACACAUCGUCUUCUUCUCAGGCUUAAAACCACAAUCAGACAUCAGUGAGCCUUUUGUGUCUACAAGGAGCAAGUUGGAUAUGUGUGCCCACGGCAUGGAGAAAGCAGGCCUACAACUCAUGGCUGUGUUGGGGCAGAUAUUUAAAGGGGAGUAGGGGGGAGUUUUAUGGAUUAAAACAAGUCUAAAAUUACCCCCUUAUUCUCUUUGUAGAGGGAGAGGGGGAAGAGCAGAUACAGGAGGAUGGGAGGCCUAGUUGAUUAGGCCAAAACCUCCAUAGACUCACUUCUACACUGGCUUUAUUAUAAUUAUUAUUUUUUUUUAUGGAAGAUGUUAAUUUGAUGGGGAUUUACAUUGGGCUUGGGGGCACGAAUACCCCGGGCCUGGUGUGUUAAAUGCACUGAGUCCCAGAGGACUAUACAGCUCCCACGGCUUACAUGGAUUAAAGGAUACUUGGUACAAGGAGGUGAGGGGGAGGACAUGCGCUCUUCCCUCUGCGGAGAUGGAGUAUGAAUGUACAGGGGGGGAGGAAUGCAUGAGAGGCCAAACUAAAUAUCCCUCCCCCCCACACAUAGUGCCAAUUUCUCCCGUCCAACUCUCCGAUAGGGCGCUCCGGCUCACAGGUUGGAGAGAGGUGGUCAAAUGGAAAAAGGUUAAAUGCCUUCUCACUGCCAUACGAUCCCCAUAUUCCCCUCCAGAGACUGGGGGACUGUUUGUGUGCCAAAUACUACAGAGGGGAGGGGAUGAGAGUCUUAUAAUAAAGGUGUUUGCGCUUUGUCCCCCUCCCCUGUAUAUUUUUCUAUUUCAUUCAGUCCUGUUUCCUUCUCCAUCACUUCAUUCUGUACUUCCUGAGCCUGUGUCAGGUCUUUGCUCUGCCUCCCCCAGGCAUACAUUCCCCCUGCACUCACUCGCCAUGGGUAUACACCCCCCCCCCCCCGCACUCCCUCCCCUGCUUCACACUCCGCCUGCACUUACUCCCCCUGCCUUAAACUCCCACUCCACUCACUCCCUCCACCUUACACUGCUACUGCACUCCCAAUUUAUCCUGCUUACACUACCCCAAACUCUCGCUCCUGCACAUGCUUAGUCUCUACUACAUUUACUCUUUUCCAUGCUCAGUCCCCCCAAAUUUACCCCUCCCUGCACUCACACUUCACUGAGCUUAUUGUACCCUGCUUUCACCACCUCCUUUACUCAAAUGUUCCUGCUCUGGGAUCCAUGAUCCUCAUUCUCUGCCCUCUUGUACUCCUUACAGGGACUCCAUCCCCCCAUGCUCUCCCCUCAUGCUACCUUCCCCGUUCUCUCUUUCCCAGUGCUCUCUGUCCACUUUGCUUUACCCUCAUGCGUUCUACUUCCUGUGAUACUCCAAUACCCUCCCUCACCCUACUCCGAACUCACAGCCCCUACACCUUACACCUUCAGACAACGUUGUUCAAACUUCUAUUUACUCAUCUUUCCUAUCAUUGUCAUCACCAUUCCCUUACCAUGUCUCCUGAUGCAUACCCUCACAGCACUCUCUUCUCUCUACAGGUCUGCACUGUAAACUCAGAACUCAGAAGCACACAGAUAGCUCAAUGAUUCCCUUGUGGAGAAAGGGGAAGAGCAUUCACCUUACCAAUUAAAUAGUCAAAUAGUACACAGGGAGGAAAUUGGGAAUAAAUGCCAAUCUUUGCUGUUUACAAGAAGGUUACAACAGGGAAAAUCUAUUAUUUUAUCAUUUAGAAGCUGUAGGGUCAGUGACGCCCCCGUCUGAUGGGAUAAGAGAGUGUCUCACACACAGGAAUUCCUAUAAGUUAUAGGGUCAGUGACGCCCCCGUCUGAUGGGAUAAGAGAGCGUCUCACACACAGGGAUUCCUAUAAGUUAUAGGGUCAGUGACGCCCCCGUCUGAUGGGAUAAGAGAGCGUCUCACACACAGGGAUUCCUAUAAGUUAUAGGGUCAGUGAUGUCCCCUCUGAUGGGAUAAGAGAGCGUCUCACACACCGGGAUUCCUAUAAGUUAUAGGGUCAGUGACUCCCCCUCUGAUGGGAAAAGAGAGCGUCUCACACACAGGGAUUCCUAUAAGUUAUAGGGUCAGUGACGUCCCCUCUGAUGGGAUAAGAGUGUCUCACACACAGGGAUUCCUAUAAGUUAUAGGGUCAGUGUCACCCCCUCUGAUGGGAUAAGAGAGCGUCUCACACACAGGGAUUCCUAUAAGUUAUAGGGUCAGUGAUGCCCCCUCUGAUGGGAUAAGAGAACGUCUCACACACAGGGAUUCCUAUAAGUUAUAGGAUCAGUGACACCCCCUCUGAUGGGAUAAGAGAACGUCUCACACACAGGGAUUCCUAUAAGUUAUAGGGUCAGUGACGCCCCCUCUGAUGGGAUAAGAUAGCGUCUCACACACAGGGAUUCCUGUAAGUUAUAGGGCCAGUGACGCCCCCUGUGAUGGGAUAAGAGAAUGUCUCACACACAGGGAUUCCUAUAAGUUAUAGGGUCAGUGACGCCCCAUCUGAUGGGAUAAGAGAGCGUCUCACACACAGGGAUUCCUAUAAGUUAUAGGAUCAGUGACACCCCCUCUGAUGGGAUAAGAGAGCGUCUCACACACAGGGAUUCCUAUAAGUUAUAGGGUCAGUGAUGUCCCCUCUUAUGGGAUAAGAGAGCGUCUCACACACAGGGAUUUCUAUAAGUUAUAGGGUCAGUGACACCCCCUCUGAUGGGAUAAGAGCAUCUCACACACAGGGAUUCCUAUAAGUUAUAGGGUCAGUGACGCCCCCUCUGAUGGGAUAAGAGAGCAUCUCACACACAGGGAUUCCUAUAAGUUAUAGGGACAGUGACUCCCCCUCUGAUGGGAUAAGAGAGCGUCUCACACACAGGGAUUCCUAUAAGUUAUAGGGUCAGUGACGCCCCAUCUGAUGGGAUAAGAAAGCGUCUUACACACAGGGAUUCCUAUAAGUUGUAGGGGCAGUGACGCUCCCUCUGGUGGAAUAAGAGAGGGUCUCACACACAGGGAUUCCUAUAAGUUAUAGGGUCAGUGACACCCCCUCAGAUGGGAUAAGAGAGUGUCUCACAC